AUGAUCAAAAAGUAUAAUUUGUAUGAUAAUGAAUGGUUGGCUGGUCUAUACGACAACAAGGAACGUUGGGUUCCUUGUUUUUUGAAAACCACAUUUUGGACAGGGAUGUCAACCACGCAACGUAGUGAGAGUAUUAAUGCAUUCUUCGAUGGUUAUGUGCAUUCGAAAACAACGUUAAAGCAAUUUGUUGAACAAUACGAACGAGCUUUGAGAAAUAAAGUUGAGAAGGAGUUUCAAGCAGAUUUCAAAUCUUAUUCGCAAAUGGUACCCUGUGCAAUGCACUAUGAAAUGGAGAAGCAAUAUCAGACGGUGUACACAAUAUCAAAAUUCAGGGAAGUUCAAGAGGAGUUUGUUGGCAAGGUGUAUUGUGAUCUCAUUUGUGCUUCGGAGGGAUUUUUAGGAAUGACGUAUGAGGUACACGAGGAUGUCGUAUAUGAAGAGCGUUCUACAAAGAAAACCUUUUUCGUCUCAUUUCAAAGAGACAAAUGUGAGUUUACUUGUAGCUGCCACUUUUUUGAAUUUCGAGGAAUCAUUUGUAGACAUGCUAUUGCAGUUUUGAUUCGCAACAACGUAAAAAAAGUGCCAGACAGAUAUAUACUAAAGCGCUGGCGACGAGAUGUGAGUAGAGCACACACAAGAGUUGCAGUGAACUACGCCGGAUUGGUUAGUACUCCGGGACAAUUGAUGUAUGAUAAAAUGUGUCAGCGCUUUACUACGUUAGCGAACAUGACUGCGGAUGAUUCAUUAAGGGCCAGUGCUAUACUUGAUUGGAUUGACAUGCAGUGUGAGCAGACGAUGGCGUCGAAGUCUAGUCAUGGUAGUAAUGUUAUCCCGUUGCACAGUACGCAAAUAUCCUCUAGGGCUGAUGCAACACAGGGAACUGGAAGUGGUAGUGUGCGUGAUCCAGAAUGUGCGAAAAGAAAAGGUAGACCUAGGACACUUCGUAAGAAGUGUCCUUUGGAGUCAAGUUCAAAGAAUGUGCCUUAUGUUUUGGGAAAACAGUUGACUUUGGAACUCAAUUCAUGUGUAAUCUGUCUCUUCGGAAGUUGGUAG